ACAUAUAUACAAUUGUAUGUUUAGAAAAAAAUACAAGCGUAUUCUAGAUAAACAUAAUAUGCACAUAACACAAAAAAAUGAAUGAAAAUGAUCUGUACGAUGAAUCUACUUUGUUAAAUCAACCAUGGAACCCUGUGAGUUAUUUUGAAGAGGAGAACGAAGCAACAGGUGGGAAUGAGCAAUCUGCAUACUCUCCAAACAAACUUGCCUCCUUAUUUGAGACAAACAUUGUUGCAAUCAAUGACGACUUUGAACCUCUAAAACUAAAUGUACAAGAAUUAGAUGCUGUUGACGCUACAUCAGGUGAAACUAACACUGAUAAUCUCAGUCAAUUUACCUUAGAGACUGAAGAUGGACUGCAAGUGCUGGACACACCAUAUGCUAUCAAUCAAAGAAGUAUACUGGACGAUUUCAACCGUUUAAGAAAAUGGCAAAAUUCUGUUGAUAAACCUGAUAAAGACGUGUUUAAAAGUGAUCCAGUUUCUGAAAAAGAUGUUUAUAUUGGAGAACCUGUGUCAAAUAGCGAUACUUACAUAAAACAACAAUCGUCCCUUGAAAAAGAUAACGAGGUUGAAACAGAACUGUCUUCUGAUCAAGAUACAGAUGUCUCUUCUGAUAAUAAAAAUGUUUUGCCUGAUGAAUUCAUAUCAGAUAAUCUCAAUUUAGAGCAAGAGCAGAAUGAAGAUAGAGACAUUGAUGUUGACUUAUUGUUGCAGGGUCCACCUAUUUCCAAUGCUUUUUCUAAUAAAGAACUUAAAACAGACAAUAAUAUAAAUGAUAAUAACCAUGAAUUGCCCGAAGCAUGUCAAUUUAUUAACACUACUUCUUUGAUUGAUCAAGACUUAGUUAUACCGGUAACUGAGAAUGUAGAGACUAGUCAUGAUAAUAAUUUAUUAAAUGUUGAAUUAUCCAUUCCAGAGGAACCUAUAAAAUUGGUUGACAUAGAAGAUUCUGAACUGCCUUCACAUCAAUUUGAUGUACAGGUAUUGCCAGAAAAAACAGAUGUAAACGAUGACAAUAGAAAAAGUUUAGGUGACCUUAAUGCUAUUGAACAAAAUAUUGUGGAAGAGCCAAGUAAUGAGUCUGCAACAAGCAAUAAAGCCACAAAAUCAGAGCCAGACUUCACCUCUUCUCCAAUCAUUGUUGCAGAAGGUCAGCAUAUCGUAAAUACAACAACAGAAAAUAUAAUCUCAUCAAGUGACACCACUGAUAUUGAUGCAUUAGUUGACCUUGCUGAGAAUCUUAUUCUUUCGACUUCAUUUCAAGAUAAGAACCAAGACAAAAAUUCUUCCCUUUCUCCUACUACAGAAUUAACAGAUACUCCAAGUUCUAACUUUUCCACUAAUGUUGACAAUGAUACAAGUGUGAAUGAAACCAUUGAAACAGUUAAUGUAACAAGUAGUCCGAGUACAUCUGAAGCAAAUAAUACCACUGAUAUUACCACCGAUAUUACCACUGAUAAUACCACUAAUAUUACCACUGAAGUGGUGGAUACCUCUGACAAUAUUGAAGAUGUUAGUAGUAAUAGUGAACAUGUUGUUGGUUUCAAGGAAGAAACUGAUUUGGUUGAUAUGGCUAGCUUUGAAAAUGACCUUGCUGUACUUGAGAAUGAAUUUGCAAAUGAACUUUGUGAGGCAAGUGACAGCAAGGAGCAAGCACUUACCUCUGCUAGUAAUUCACUAAGCAAUGAUUUUAAUGAAUUACCAAAAAAAAAACAUAUAAAUAUUUUAAAAACUGUAGAACUAAGUAGUGAAACUGCUAGUGUUAAUGAAAAUUUAACUUCCAAAAUUUCAUCGGAAAAUGUAUCAGUUGGUAAUGAUUCAAAAUGUAAUGAUGUUGAUGUUUCCCCUGUACAGCUAAGAAAUUCAUUAAAAUGUUUAACUCCAGAUGAUGAAGAUGAAGAAGUUCUUACAAACACCUUGGAGGAGAUCUCAAAUGAGGAGACUAUUAGUCAUGAUUUAUGUUCACUUCCUGUGGAAGCUUCGUUGCAAAAUAGCGGUUUAAACGAUGUGCAAACUGAAAUUGAAUCUGAACAGGAAAAUAAUGAAUUUACAUCUGUGACUGAUGUGACAGAAGAAGAAAAUACUGUAAUACUUAUGUCCAAUGAUGAUAUAAGCACUGUCAAUAAUGAGCUUGAAAACACAAAUAAUGGUGACAAUAUAAACGAAACGGGACUAGAAUCGGCAACAGAGAAUACAACUGAAAAUUUAAACACUUCACAAAAUAUUGCUACAAAUGAACCAAUAGUUGCUGAAGAGACAAAUGACGAGAUAGUUGAAGAAUUAAACACUGAUGUAACACCUGCCAUUGACACCCAUGAAACUAAUAAUACAGAAACUAUUGAAACAUCAGAGGCAACUGACACCAUAUCUGAACAACCUCGAAGGUCUACUGGUUCUGUCAGAAGAGUAAGAUUUUCUCUAGAUGCAGAGCAAGAAAACAGAGAGGAAGCAAGGGCUAAUGAAACUUCAGCUACUAGUGAGGCAACAGCAAUAACAGACGAAAUGAGAAAUCUGGGCUGGUAUGCACCAAAAUGGAUCCCGGACAUAGAUGCUAAAAGUUGUAUGAAAUGUGACAUGAAAUUUACAGUUGUCAAAAGACGACAUCAUUGUCGGGCCUGUGGAAAGGUGCUUUGUGGCCAAUGUUGUAACAUGAAGUUUCAUUUACCUUACAUGGACUAUAAACCUGCUAGAGUUUGCCAGACAUGUUGUGAUGUUAUGGUGGCAGUCUUAAAUAUACCACGAAUUGGCGAUUCAGUACCUCCCACACCUUACCAAGCCAACAAUUCUUCGUCGUCCCUUCCUGAAGCUCCACCACCAUAUUCAGAAAUAAAUGAUGGUGGUCGUACAGAAAGAUUAGGUUCGAAUUCUUCAGAUGCUCCUCCCUAUUCAGAAGCUCCAAGCUCUAGUGGAAGGUAUUCAGAACAGCCAGCGCAAGUUUUACCAGCAGCUCAAGCAUUGGAGCAUCUACCUACAAUGAGGCCUCCAGGUUUUCCUGGUUCACCAGUAAAUGAUAUGAUGAAUUUCCAAUUACCAGCCUAUACUCCAAGUGUACGUCAACGCCAAAGUAGAAACCGUAGUGAGUCUGAAAUGAGUGCAGUAAUCAUGUUUAACAGUACUGUCACCAACCUCCCACCUAUUUUGCGACGUAAUAAUGAAGAAACAAGAAUUGUGAACAAUCCAGACCUAACCACCUUAUUUAACGAAAUUAAUGAUGAUAUUGCAGAGCCUAUUUCGUUCAUUGUCAACAAGAAUUUGGUUGUCAAAGUAAAAGUUAUCAACAUGGAUUGCUGUGUUGAGAAAAGAUGUUGGUGUUUUGUUUCUGAUGGCAUGGGAGCAUCAAACCAAGAGGAAGUGGUCAUUUUAAUUAAGCAUGGUUCAUCAAACCUGGAAGAUGUUACACUUACACGUAAGGUUCUACAGCAAAUGAAUGCUGUAUUUGAAAAAGCUAAACAUGGUAAUCCUGUGGCAGAACUUGAAGAAAUGGAGUUUGAUCCUAACAUGCUGUGCUCACCAAAGCACGUUGGUGUCUUAUUUUUUAAAGCUACUUUGCAGUGUUUACAAAAGCUGAUCUUGCCAACCUCACCUUAUCUGUUUGGUUUGUAUAUUCAACCUUCAGAAUUACCUUGGGCGAAAAACUUUCCACUUCGUUUGCUACUAAGAAUUGGUGCUGAGUUCAAAUAUUACCCAUGUCCAUUGUCCAACAUUUUGGAUCGUCCGCCGGUUUAUUCUGGUGUUGGAAGAACUAUAUUGGAUUUGUUGGCCGAUUUUCGCAAUUUUCAAUACACUUUACCACGGGUGGCAGGUGUGACAAUAAAUCUUCGUGAACGAGAUACUAUCAUACGUUUACCGCAGCAUCGAUAUGAUGAGGUAUUGAAAGCCGUCAACGCUUCGGAAGAGAACGUUUUAUCACUUGCUGGAAAUUUUUCUUCAACGUGCGAUGGUCAUUUGGUCUCCGUUGAGAAAGACGGGCGUUACAAAACACAGACUUUGAGCAUUGUCUUAAAAGAAAAGAGAAAAGUGACAUGUGCAAGUUUUGUUGUGAUCAGCGCAGCAUUGAAAUCGAAUCCAGAAGGGAUAAAAGCAAAAGCUAGUAUUGUUGAAGACGGAGUUAUGGUACAAGUGACCACGGAUGUGAUGAAAGAAUUUAAAGCUGCCAUCAAAAAUAUGAAGGAAUAUUCCGUCACUGCUGGCGCGCCAUCUUCUGAAGAGUCUUCUCAAGUUGGUAUAGAAUGGUGCACAGCGGACGUUGUGGAAAGACCAAGGUUACUCAGUCCAAUUGACGCUACGUCAUUCGAUAAUCUUACAAACAUGAAAAUACGACACAGUUACGACUAUACAUCGAACAACCUUACAGCAAAAAUACACUGGGUGGAAGUGUAUUUUUUACCGCAAGAUAAUGACACUGUCCAACGUCUUUCGGCGAGAGAGCUCGGUCAGAUGACUUCGUCUAUUGCUAAAGCUUGCAUGAGUGCGUUGUCGCCGCAUUUAAUGACGUUGAUCGCCUUGGAGAUGACGAGAAUUGGGUUAAGAGUUAAUCUAGCCGCAGACUUUGUUGAAUACAAAAUUGGUGCCAACCUCACUACCUUGCCUCUCCAACUUUUACCCAACCUCGAUGACAAGUUGGUACCUGCCAUCCAUGGUGUGAUGUCGAAUGCGCAGGAACGUGUCGCGGUCGAGCUCAUCUUUCAAGUUGUAAAGAUUGUGUAAUGAAAGCGAGUGGGUGUCGUGAAGAUAGCGACUUAUAGUGUGAUUCUUAUUUUCCCUAUUGGUGCAGCGCUAAAGUUUGUGGAAAGAGAUGCUGGUUGUAUACGGCUCUUGGAAAAGAAUGGUAAUGUAGUGGAAUGCCACUUACUGUAAAGGUAUCAAUUAAUUUUGUUCCACUCGAUGGUCAGUGUAACUUUAAAAUGUUUGUUAAUUUUUUUUUUGGUUUAUUAAUAUAAAUUUUUUACAUUGCAUGCAUAAAAAGCUUAUUUAUUUCUGUUGGUAUUGAACUAGAAUUUUGACGUUGAGAUUUUUUUGAAACAUGGAAACGAAGUUUAUCUAAGCAUCUGAGUUAAUAAAGUACGAAUGACGUUGCAUAAAUAUUUGUUUCUCCAUCGGAUAGGUUUUAAAGUAGUGUGAGGAUUUACAUAUCUUCUUCGUUGAGGUUUUAGGGCAGUGGUACAGAAUUUGUCAAUAUUUAUAUAUUUUUAUAUAUUACACUUGUUAUAUUUGUUUUUUGUAUGUUAAUAUGAAAUUGCCGUGUUCUUCGCACGUGUUUCCGUUUUGGGAGAGGUUGUAUUUUAGCAUUAUUACAUCGACGAUUUUGUGAGUAUGACAGUGUUUCUAGCUUCUGUCAUUGAAGGUCACAUUUUAUCUUCGAGAAGGACAACUUUGUGUCUACAAACACCUUUGUGACCAGCUCUUUUUUUCUCGUCAAAUAUAAGAAAGCGAAGAACGUAUUGGUUUUGGAGUUGGGAAUUUAUUAUUUACCGUGGGUUUACUUUUUGUUAAAAAAUAUCAAAAUCAAUUUA